AUAAUCAAACAAUUUUAAACAACAAUAUCCCUGUAAUUAAACAAGUGAUUUAAACUCUGUAAAAUGGCUACCGAAAUGUUGUUGAAAAAGCACAAAAAAUACUCAAGAAUUCUUCCUGAGACCGAUGGUGAUGAAAUUGUUAUUUCCGGAAUGGCCGGAAAAUUUCCCAACUCGAAAAACAUAACGGAAUAUGAAUACAAUCUUUAUAACAAGAUUGACAUGGUAGAUGACGAUGAGCGUCGUUGGCGUCACUUCAAUCCAGAGAUACCCAAGCGCUCUGGAAAGAUCAGCAAUCUUGAAAAGUUCGAUGCCACAUUCUUUGGGGUGCACUUUAAGCAAGCCCAUACCAUGGAUCCGCAAACACGUAUACUGAUAGAGACGGCGUACGAGGCGGUCAUUGAUGCGGGCAUAAAUCCAAAAAGUCUGCGUGGCACUAAGACGGGAGUCUAUGUUGGAUCCUGUAUAUCCGAAUCGGAGAAAACCUGGUUCUAUGAGAAGGUGUCAUCUGGUGGUUUUGGCAUCACCGGUUGCAGUCGGGCCAUGUUGGCCAAUCGAAUUUCUUACAGCUUGGGCUUGGAGGGUCCAUCGUUUUUGCUUGACACGGCUUGCUCCAGUUCAAUGUAUGCACUUGACAAUGCGUUUAGUGCUCUUCGGAAUGGUGAAAUUGACGCCGCAAUUAUUGGUGGCUCCAAUCUGUUGCUUCAUCCCUUCGUGACGCUUCAGUUUGCUCGCCUUGGUGUUUUGGCUCCCGAUGGCUUCUGCCGUCCGUUCGACAAAGAUGCAAGUGGAUACACGCGCUCCGAGACAAUCAACUGCAUGUUCUUGCAAAGGAAGCGAGAUGCAAAGCGCGUCUACGCAAGUGUCAUUUACUCGAAAACCAACUGUGACGGUUACAAGCCGGAGGGCAUUACCUAUCCUUCGGGCAAGGUUCAAGAGAAACUGCUUCAAGAAUUCUACCAGGAAAUUGACGUCACCCCAAAUGACCUAGGCUAUUUGGAGGCCCAUAGCACUGGAACCGUGGUGGGUGAUCCGGAAGAGUGCAAGGCAAUUGACAAUGUGCUCUGCAGCCAACGCAAUGAACCAUUGCUCGUGGGCUCUGUUAAGUCAAAUGUUGGACAUUCGGAAGCCGCAUCUGGCAUCUGUUCUCUGGUAAAGGCCUGCUUGGCUUUCGAAACCGGAGUAAUUCCGCCCAAUAUUAACUUUACCGAAGUGAAACCUUCAAUUACGGCACUUUCGGAGGGUCGUUUAAUUGUGGUCAAGGAUUGCACUCUUCUACCAAAGCCUUACAUCGGAAUUAACUCAUUCGGUUUUGGUGGUGCCAAUGCCCAUGCCAUCUUGAAAGCAUUUCCCAAGACAAAGGUAAAUUUUGGUUUGCCUGAAGAUAAUCUACCCAGGCUUCUGACUUGGGCCGGCCGAACGGAAGAUGCUGUUAAUGAGAUUUUCAAUGCAAUCGAAAAGAAACCUUUGGAUGCUGAGUUUAUUGGACUCUUGCAACAUAUUCAGGAGGAAGAUGUUUCCGGCAUGGUAUUUCGCGGCUAUGGCAUAUUUGCCAACAACGGCGUGGAACCGACCAAGGCCCUGGUUAAAGAUGUGCAACAUUAUACCGGUCUAAAGCGACCCAUUGUCUGGGUGUUCAGCGGCAUGGGUUCACAGUGGAACGAAAUGGGUUCCUCGCUGAUGGUAAUACCACGUUUCCGAGAGUCCAUUGAAGCAUGUCACAAGACAUUAGCGAAGAAGGGACUUGAUCUCAUUGAUAUACUUACAUCAAGUGAUCCUGCCAUUUACGAGAAUAUUUUGCACUCGUUUGUCGGCAUCGCCGCAGUCCAAAUCGGUUUAACUGACGUUUUGCGUUCACUUAAUUUGGAACCCGAUUACAUAAUUGGUCAUUCUGUUGGAGAACUUGGUUGUGCCUAUGCAGAUGGAGGUCUUACGGCUGAGCAAAUGAUACUUGCCUCCUACUAUCGUGGACGAGUCAGUGUGGACAGUGAAAAAAUAAGAGGUGCGAUGGCUGCUGUGGGCAUAGGCUACAAGUCGAUUAAGAACAUGCUCCCAGAAUCCAUAGAAGUGGCCUGCCACAAUGGUGCCGACUCCUGCACCAUCUCUGGCCCAAUCGACGACGUUACACGAUUUGUGGCUGAAUUGAAAUCGAAGGGCAUAUUUGCAAAAGAAGUGCCCUGCUCGAAUAUUGCGUAUCAUUCAAGAUAUAUUGCGCUCAUGGGCCCCCCACUGUUCAAGUACAUGAAGGAGACUAUACCACAUCCGAAGCCCAGGUCAGAGAAGUGGCUAAGUACCAGUGCUCCAAAGAGCGAUUGGGAGCAUCCGGAACGUAAACUAUGCUCUGCCGAAUAUCAUACAAAUAACUUGCUGAACAGUGUACUCUUCGAAGAGACUUUCGCUCUGCUGCCGAAAAAUGCCUUGACUAUUGAGAUUGCUCCACAUGGAUUACUAGGCGCUAUUCUCAAGCGAUCCAUGCCAAAUGGUAUUCAUAUUCCGCUCACACACCGAGGAAACAAGAACAAUGCGCUCUUCUUUAUGACAGCUCUUGGCAAAUUAUACCAAAACGGUGUUAUGGUACCUGUUGCAAAUCUAUAUCCUAAAGUUCAGUUCCCAGUCUCCCGGUCCACACCGAGCAUUAGUUCACUGAUUCGUUGGGAUCACAGCGAAGAUUGGUUUGUAACCAAGUAUGAAAAUAUGAAGACUAAAUCCAGCGGGGAACGAGUAUUCUCCGUCAACUUGAGCAGUGAUAAUGAGGAAUUUAUGAGUGGACAUGUCAUAGAUGGCAAAUUUCUGGUGCCCGCCACAUGCUAUUUGCAAUACGUUUGGGAGACGUUCUCUCUUAUGUACCAUGGACCCAGCUAUAUGGACGUGCCAGUCGAAUUUGAGGAAGUGCAAUUCCUACGAGCCACAAAUAUGUCAGUUAAUGGACAAGUUGAGCUGAAUGUAAUGAUUCACUAUGGCACGGGUCACUUUGAGAUAACUGAUGCUGGUGCCUUAGUGGUCACAGGCACAAUCAGAGAGAUUGAAAGUCCCACCAUACCGGAAGUCUAUCAUUUUGAAAAGGAAUCGAAAUUCCCGAUGGUUUCCAAAAAAGAUUUUUACAAGGAGCUCAAGCUGCGUGGAUACCAUUACAACGGUGGGUUCCGUGCGGUAAGGAGCGCUCGCUCGGAUGGCUUAUAUGGUCAAGUCGAGUGGAACCUCAACUGGGUAACAUUUAUGGAUGCAAUGCUACAAAUCCAUAUUUUGGGCACGGACUCACGCUCCCUUCUGCUGCCAACGAAAAUUCGCAAGCUGCGCAUUAAUGGCUUACAUCAUUUCGAUUUGAUGAGUAAAAUGGAUCCCGAGAAUCGAGUUCUUGAUGUGUACGUGGAUCACAAGUACAAUCGCAUUGUAGCGGGUGGCAUAGAGUUGACUGGACUCCAUGCCAGCCCAGUGCAAAGGCGCAGACCACCAGGCAUACCAGUAUUGGAGAAAUACGAAUUUGUGCCCUAUUUACCAGCUCCAAAAGUAGCUCUAUCGAAUGCCGCACGUAUCUGUGUACAACUCGCCCUUGAGAAUGUUCCAGUGUUGAAGAUAAAACUGGUGGAGGUGGAUACUGAUGGUAGAGACACUGUGCUGGACAAGUUCACCGAUGCCAUUGAGGAUUUGCCAGUUAUAACCGGAGAGUAUAUGUAUUUGACCGGUAGGAAGAUUGAAGAUAUGCCUGGAAUACAUAUAGAAAAUGGAAAAUUGUCCACUUUGUCCAACUACCACUUCGUGGUGGCGGGUGGCAUUUGCGGCGAGCUCAACGAGGAUGUUAUCAAGAAUGCCCAAAAGGUGCUCAUUGAUAAUGGUUUCCUCUUGAUCAGAGAGCGACCCACGAUGAACCUAAGCAGCUUAAAACUGCCCGAACAAUUCCGCUUGAUAACGGUAAUUCCAAUUGACAGCAAUGAGGAAGUGCUCCUACUCCUCCAAAAGGUGCCCAAUAAACUGCAAAUACAACCGACUGUCGUCAAGGUUUCUGACAAUGACAAGAAUUUUGAGUGGAUAGGUCAGGUGCAGUCCGCCAUAAGCAGCAAGAGUCCUGUUGUUGUGUACGCAUUCAAGGAAGAACUGAACGGUUUGAUUGGCUUGGUAAAUUGUUUGCGAAAGGAGCCCGAUGGCAAUAUGGUCAGCUGUUUCUACAUCGAUGAUCCCAAUGCACCCGAAUUUAGCCUAGCGGAUCCCUUCUAUUCGAGUCAAUUUGCAUUGGGCCUGGCCUUCAACAUUUAUCGAGAUGGCGCUUGGGGCAGUCUCAGGCAUCUUCAUCUGCCCGUGAAUGAUGAGGUCAAGCCUAGAUUAGAUCACAUCUAUGGAAAUGUGAUGCAACGCGGAGAUUUGUCUUCAUUGCGAUGGUUCAAAGGACCCCUGGCUCCCAACGACUGCAUGAUCAAGAUCGCCUACUCAUCGCUGAACUUCCGAGACGUAAUGCUCGCCACGGGUCGUUUGGCAGUUGAACUUUAUGGAGCGAACCGGAUCGAUCAAAGUUGCGUGCUGGGCUUUGAAUACUCCGGCAUCAACAUGAAAACAGGCAAACGGAUUAUGAGCAUGGUGGUCAAAGGUGGCGUUGCUUCUUAUGUGGAGGAGCCCUCAAAGCUCAUCUGGGAAAUUCCCGAUGGCUGGUCCCUGCAGGAGGCGGCUACGGUUCCAGUUGUCUACAUAACUGUAUAUUAUGCGUUCUUUAUGGCCACCGACAUUCGCAAGGGCAAGAGCAUACUUAUACACGCUGGCACCGGUGGUAUUGGCUUGGCGGCCAUUCGUGUGGCAUUGGCCUACAAUCUGGAGGUGUUCACCACCUGCAGUACACCCCAAAAGAAGAAAUUCCUGUUGGAUACCUUCCCACAGCUAAAAGAAUCCCACAUUGGCAAUUCCCGUGAUACGUCCUUCGAGCUAAUGGUGCAGCGCGAAACUGAUGGCAAGGGUGUAGACUUUGUGCUGAACUCCUUGUCGGAAGACAAGCUGCUGGCUUCAGUGCGCUGUCUGGGACAAUCGGGCCACUUCCUGGAGAUUGGUAAAUUCGAUAUGGCCAACGAUAGCAAGCUGGGCUUGGGCUGUUUCCUUAAAGAGCUUACCUUCCAUGCUGUGUUAGCCGAUAGUCUGUUGGUGGCACCCGACGAAGAUAUUUGGUAUUUGAAAAAACUUAUUGAUGCGGACAUUGCCAGCGGCAUUAUACGGCCAUUGCCAGUGACAGUCUUUCCGGCUCAUGAAAUUGAGCAGGCCUUCAGGCAUCUGAUUGGUGGCAAGCACAUUGGCAAAGUCAUAAUUAAAGUGCGUGACACUCCCGAAGCAGCAGAAACGUUGCCGGUGCGCGUCCUUAGUCAAGUCUACUUCAAACCACAUAUGACCUACGUUAUUCCCGGAGGCUUGGGUGGUUUCGGCAUGGAGCUAGCCGAUUGGAUGGCUCUACGUGGCGCACGCAAGCUAGUGUUGAGUUCUAGCCGUGGCAUCACCAAGGACUAUCAGUGCUACCGCAUUGCGCUGUGGAAGACUUACGGCUGCGAAAUAGUCAUUAACACGGCCGAUAUAUCUACGUUCGAUGGCUGUCGCAAUCUAUUGUUGGCUGCUGCCGAACUGGGUCCAGUUGGCGGCAUUUUCAAUCUGGCUGUGGCACUACGGGACGGCAUCUUUGCCAAUCAAAAUGCUGAGCAAUUUGUACAGAGCUUCUCGCCGAAAGCAAUUGCCACCAAACAUUUGGAUGUGUUGUCGCGCACUUUAUGUCCUGAACUGGAGCAUUUCGUAGUAUUCUCAAGCGUGUCCUGUGGUCGCGGAAAUGCCGGACAAACAAAUUAUGGCAUGGCCAAUUCUGUCAUGGAGCGCAUCAUUGAGUGCCGCCAUAGGGAGGGACUUCCCGCUAAGGCCAUACAAUGGGGUGCCGUGGGCGAGGUUGGGCUGGUCGCCGACAUGGCUGAGGAUAAAAUUGACAUGGAAAUUGGUGGAACGCUGCAGCAAAGAAUCUCGUCGUGCCUACAGGAGCUGGACACAUUGCUCAGUGCAGAACCAGCGAUUGUGGCGAGCAUGGUUGUUGCCGAGAAGCGCUCAGGACGCUCCGGAAACGAGAGCAUUAUCGAUACGGUAAUGAACAUAAUGGGCAUACGUGACCUGAAGUCUGUGUCCCUUGGCACAACACUCUCCGAGAUGGGUAUGGACUCCCUUAUGGCCGUUGAAAUCAAGCAAACUCUCGAGCGUGACUUUGAGCUCGUACUGACGCCACAGGAUCUGCGUUCACUUACCUUCCAAAAGCUGCAAGAGUUUAUGGAAUCCAGGGAGAAGGAUACGGAUGCGGUCAAAAUGAUUUUCGCGUCUGAAGGCAAGAUCUUGGGCAUGGACUUGCUGCUGCGUAACCUGGGUGACGAAGCCCACUGUGAUCAAAUAAUGUAUCCGUUGGAAACACAAGCGGCAUCUUCGAAGCAAAGCCUUCCACCUAAUAUCAUAAUACCCGGCAUGGAGGGUACUGCCGGUCAAGCAUGGUAUAAAAUAGGCUCCAGCUUGAAAAGCAGGACGAAUAUUCUACAGCUCCAUCAAUUUGCUGAAUUGGAGACCGUCAGUGAAAUUGCUCAACAUGCAUUGCAGCAUGUUAAAGCGCUACUGAAACCGUCAGAUCCAUUCUACCUUAUUGGCUAUUCUUAUGGCUCCUAUGUGGCUCUCCAACUGGCGGCUCUGCUGGAGAACUUGGGCUUCCGUGGGCAUGUGCUGUUAAUCGACGGUGCCCCACACUUCCUAACAAGACUUACGAACCUGCAUUUGGGUGCAAAUUUCACGGAUAACGAUCUAUAUAACUUGCUCUUCUCUAGUAUUGUCAACCAAAUAUUCCCAGAGGAAACCAAGGAAUCGGCAGCUCUAGUUUUCCAUAAGCUUGACACACUCAAAGAGAAAAUGGACCUGUUCAUGGAAUAUGUUGACAAACAGAAUGUCUACAGCAAAGAAUACUCCAGAGCAAUGGUCGAGGCGAUGUUCCGUAGAGUUAAAAGUGCUGCACAAUUCGAUUCGAACAGCGUAAAAGACCUGAAAUCGCCCAUUACGCUAGUACGCCCCGCUGAAGUCUCUCUGCAGGAUAUCGAAGAAGACUACGGUGUAUCAAAGCUGACUUCGGGUAAAGUUACGCUUAAGGUAAUUGAGGGCAAUCAUACGACAAUGUUGGAUAAUCCAGUGCUGCCGCAAAUUAUAAACGACUUUGAUCCUGGGCUUUUGGAUGACAAGAGCUUCGAGGAGUAUAUUCGAGAUGUGAAGGCCGUGUCCGUGGUUUAAAAAUUCUAUAUUACCUUUCUUCUAGUUAUUUUCACUUUAACGUUUUAAAGCUUGCAUCAAAUAUUAUUACUAUCAU